UACUAUAAAUAAUAUCAUUCUCAGUAGCAGUAGCAGGCGGAUCUGCUGGACCUGAGCUGCACUGGAUGACGUCAUCGGUUCCAUCUGGCAUCAAAGUGCAACCUGAACGUUGUGUUAAUAAGGAAGAUGUACUUGCAAAGCUGCCUUCUAGUAUUGCUGCUGCUGCCUCUCUCACACCAGUACGAGCAUCACAAGCUGCUCCUAGUGUCGUUCGAUGGUUUCCGCUGGGACUACGUGAACAGGGUUCCCACACCCAACUUCCGUGCCCUGAUGGAGGAGGGGGUGCAGGUGGAGCGGGUGGAGAACACCUACAUCACCAAGACCUUUCCUAACCAUUACACUUUAGUGACAGGCUUGCAUGCAGAGAGCCAUGGCAUUGUAGCAAAUGAAAUGUAUGACCCAGUUCUGAAUCACUCCUUCUCCAUGGAUGGACCGGAAAUGUACGAGUCUCACUGGUGGGAGGAGGCUGUUCCGCUGUGGGUGACCAAUCAGAAGGCUGGACGGAGGAGCGGGGCUGCCAUGUGGCCUGGAUCAGAUGUGUCCAUCGGUGGAAUAUACCCGACUCGGUACAUGCGAUACAAUGCCUCAAUGUCUUUCGAGAGGCGUGUAAAGAAGCUGAUCAGCUGGUUCUCGGGACCAGAGGCGAUUAAUUUCGGGGUGCUGUACUGGGAGGAGCCUGAUGAGAGCGGACACAACGUGGGGCCCGAGAGCCCGCUUAUGGACGUGGUCAUCGAGGACAUUGAUGUCAAGCUGGGCUUUCUCCGAAAUGAGCUCAAGGUGGCAGGGCUUUAUGACAAAGUCAAUCUCAUUGUUACAAGUGACCAUGGCAUGACACAGCUGUCACAUGACAAAGUCAUUGAGCUGGACACCUACGUGAGUCGAGAUCUCUAUACGUGGAUAGACAAGAGCCCAGUGGUGGGCAUUCUACCUAAAGAAGGUAAAUUCGACGAAGUGUAUAAUUUGUUGGAGAAUGCCAAUCCUAACAUGGUUGUAUACAAGAGAGAAGAUAUUCCCUAUAUUUUCCACUACAAACACAAUGCAAGAAUAAUGCCCAUUAUUAUUGAGGUCAAAGAAGGCUGGACUAUUGUACAGAACAAAACCGGACCCUUUAUGUUGGGCAACCAUGGCUAUGAUAACCAACUUCCCAGCAUGCAUCCUGUCUUUGUUGCCCGUGGCCCAUCGUUCCGCACGGGUUACACCAAGGCCUCCAUGCGUUCGGUGGACCUCUACCCACUCAUGUGUAGCAUCCUGGGCGUCCAGGCACUCCCCAACAACGGCUCCCUGAGGAGUGUGCGGGAUCUGCUGGUGGAGACGUUCACACCCAGACCUGUACCUCCAUCCGUUCCCAAGGAGCCCUCGUAUGCAUGGGCUGUGGGCACGGUCCUGGGCAGCUGCCUCGUCCUGGGAUUCCUCAUUAUGGUGGUGAAACAGGCGACACAGAGGCAACUGCCCACUUUGCCUCUAAGCAACAGGGAGAUUUCACAGCCCUUACUGCAGUAUGAAUUACGUCUUUAAUGAAAAAGCUGCGUUUCUUAUUACAUGCUUUUUCUUUUAGAUGAAGUGAAACUUACAGUACGCUCUCUAGCGGUAGGCUCUCAGAAGCAUGUAGCAUUGUUCCACUCUGGUGCUUCAGGGCCGGUUUUUAACCAUUUGUUAGUUUCUAGUUGUUUAAAUUUAAACCCGAGAUAAGGUCACGUUAAUUUGUGUGCCAGUGAAAGAGGAAGACGACCAAAUCAAAUCAGCAUGCCAAGGUUUAGCAACCAUAGAGCAAUACAGCAAGAGAAGUAACAGGUCACCAGUCUAACCAAUCCUUUAAAAUCUGCAAGUUUUUAUAAUUUUAAUUUACAAACAGAAUUUUUUUCCUUAAAAAAAACAA